UUGAAACCAAUUUCAAAAUACACAGACCCACAUUGUCCGUACGUCAGAAAAAACUAAAGACAGACCCACACUGAACCCUAUCAGCUACUGAAACAGUGAAACCUACGUUCUCCAUCGCCCAGGUACUCUCGGUCGGCCAUACGGUACUGUAGCCGCCGGACUAGCCUAACCUUUUCCUCCCACUUCAAUUCUCCCAUUGGCGUCGCUCAGGUUAAUGUAAGCCAUGCUGACCGCCUUUUUUUGCCGGCGAACCUCAACUCCGUCGCGGACUCGCGUUCCUCUUGUCGGAGUCGCGGUCGUUUGAUCUCUCCUCGCCGUGUUUCUCUCUUAGCAAUCUCUCGCCGUGUUUGACCCAAUCAACUCCUCUGGUCUACUCUCUUCAAAAGUGCCACGUGUUCCUUGGCCACCUUAGCCAUUGUUUUGGUCUGGCCACCACAUACGUCACCUUAUUCUUAUAUUCGUUAUAUUUCAAAGGUGGAUUAACAGGCACAUCAAUGGCCGCAGCUCUCAUGUCUCCGACUCCUUUCUUUCGCCGCUUCCUCACUCAACGCUCCAAACCAACCAUUUCCUGCUGCUCCCAUUCCUUCAAGUUUAAAAGGCAGUACACGAGCGUGAUGAUAGUGCCUACAGGGAUUGGAGCUGCUAUUGGUGGUUACGCUGGAGAUGCGUUGCCCGUUGCUCGUGCUCUCUCCACCGUCGUUGAUUGUCUUAUCACUCAUCCAAAUGUUCUUAAUGCAGCAAUGCUAUACUGGCCCAUGCCAAAUACAUUAUACGUUGAAGGUUAUGCGCUUGACCGCUUUGCAGAAGGGUUGUGGGCUUUACAACCUGUUCACCAAAAUAGAGUGGGAAUAGUUCUCGAUGCUGGAAUAGAGGAGGACCUUCGACUUCGCCAUUUACAAGUAGCUGAUGCUGCUAGGGCAUCACUUGGAUUACCCAUCAUAGAAUAUAUUGUCACUGACACACCCCUUGAGGUGGAGAAGUGGAUUGAUCCAGAAACUGGAAAAUCAACAGGGAGGAUUAGGCACCCUGAUUCUUUGAUUAGAGCUGUACGGAAUUUAGUGAAUAGGUCAAAAGUGAAUGCCAUUGCUGUUGUUGGGCGUUUUCCAGAUGAUGAUACUGAUGAUGUAGAUGACUAUCGGCUGGGAAUGGGAGUAGAUCUUUUGGCAGGAGUUGAGGCAGUUAUAAGCCAUCUAGUGGUAAAGGAGUUCAAAAUUCCCUGUGCUCAUGCUCCUGCUAUGUCUCCACUUACCAUGAGUUUGUCUCUUAGUCCAAAAUCAGCAGCAGAGGAGAUUGGCUACACCUUCUUGCCAUGUGUACUUGCUGGCUUAAGUAAUGCUCCUCAAUACUUGGUUAACUCCUCUGAAUCUACGGAGAGGAAUUUCAUAUCUGUGAGCGAUGUCGAUUCUGUGAUCCUUCCCAGAGAUGCUUGUGGAGGUGAUGGAACUCUUGCUUUUGCAAGAAGUGAAAAAAAUAAGCCUCUGAUGAUUUCAGUGGAAGAAAAUGAUACUGUUCUCAAUGAUACUGCAGAUAAACUUGGUUUUGAAACGCUGCAAGUCUCAAAUUAUUGGGAGGCCAUUGGAGUUGUUGCUUCUCACAAGGCAGGGAUCAAUCCCUUCUCGCUUAGACGAAACAAAAUUCCCAACAUUGGGUGUGCUUCUAUGCAUCUCAAUGGUCACUCCAUUUCAAGAGAAAGAGCUAUCUCUUAAGUUUUUUUUUUUUUCUACUAUGUAAAUCACGAGCAAAGUCUAAAAAUUUAUGUUAUGUUGGUCUUAUUUUAAAUUUAUUUAUCAUGCUCUGCCAAAAAAAAAAUAAUUUUAUAAGUUUUUUUUAAAAUGAAUUUUAA